AUGGAACCGAAAAAGACCUUAUUGGUGGAUGAGAUCGGAGACGCCCUAGUUGACCAGCUGCUCUACGAGGUGCCCAAACGCAACAACGAUGAUGAUAAUGUCGGUGCCUCCUCACUGUCUCUUAUUGACCACUUGCGCAACAACAUCGCAGCACACAUCGCAGCACGUCCCGCGGCCUCUUCCUGUUCUAGUUCAGCAACCUUCCACACAAUGCCCCAAUCCAGCCCGGCGACGAGUGUAAACAGUCAUGAACCCUCAGUCGCUCCCUUACAAGUAUCAUCGAAGGCCGAUGUCCUCGACCAAACCGAAGAUUCCUUUCCGGCGAGAACCGAAAGUCGAGACCAAGACGCGGUGUUCGGACUCGACGAUUUCAAAACAAUCACAGCCAUCCAACAGAUAGCUGCACUGCAUGGCAGAGUGGCACACAUGGGAAUUCUCGAUCACAGCUACCGAUUUUUCAUGAACAAAACAAGAACAGCAGCAUUGUCAUUUAAGCCCCGGAACGGAGUUGCAGUCAUCGGCGGAGAUCCAUUAUGCAACAAAGAGGAAAUCCCCGAGCUCCUGUCGGAAUUUGCAGCCUACCGUCACCGACAUAACUUGGGCAUAGCAUUCAUGGGCGCCAGCGAGUCCUUCAUCAACGACCACGCCAAACCAAACGGCUGGACAACCAUCCGUUUCGCCACAGAACGUGUACUCAACCCUCAGACAAACGCAGUCGUCCUCGAGAACGGCGGAAAACGAAUCUUGACCAAAAACCGUCAACUUACAAACAAAAACAAAGGCGGCAUCACCAUGGGCGUGUACGCCCCUGCCGUGCAUGGCAUAAACCAAGAACUACAAACCAACCUAAUCACCAUAUACGAUACCUGGCGUGCCGAGCGCAACGCCUCCGCCAGCCCACAAGCCUUCAUAACCGUCUACGACCCCUUUGCUGUCCCCUCCCUGAUGACAUUCAUCUACACCCGCGCCCCAGACGGAACAAUCAACGGUUUCGCCGGUCUUCGACGCCUCAGCGACAACGGAUACCAUGUUGACCCUUGCAUCGCAUCCCCAGGCAGCGUGAGUGGAAUCAGCGAUCUUCUCCUCGUCAUGGCCAUGGCGAUCCUCCGACGUGCCGGCGUCACAUACCUCGGCCUCGGCGUGGAGCCACUCCAAUCACUCACCAGCGAAGAUGUUAACGGCAUGCCACGGGCCUGUAAGAAUUUCACACGCCGCCUGUACGGUCAUGCGUUCCACCGUCUGCCCAUCGGCGGCAAGAAGGCAUACCAUGAUAAAUUCCAUCCCGAUCCCGAUCAGGAGUCGGCUCUUUAUUUAGUUUUCCCAUCUGGCAUACCCGGUCCCCGACAUGUCCUCGCUAUGACCCAUAUGGCUAAUAUCAGUUUGCGGAAGGUGUUCCGGGCGGAUGUUGAGGCUUUUGUGUCGACUCGGAAGUUGAAGGCAGGUGGUAAGAAGGAGGGUCCGGCGGAACAGACCGAUAAGGGUAAAGAGUUUGAGGAGGACGUCCUUGCAUUAUCCGCGCCUUGUGUACGUUAA